GAUAUUUAUUGUUACGGCCGGCCAUGAAAAAUAAAAAUCUGAAUUCAACAAAAUAGUGCUCUCUCACUAGGUAAAACCCCCAAAUCUUGUCCUCACCUCUAAAGCCCUAAAGCUAAGUUCGGGAGCCACGACGAGCAGACAAGUAUUCUCUCUGGCCGGUAAUAAAAUGGCUUCAAUGAUGUUCACCGAUUGCUCCUCCAUGUCUUCAAGUCUCCUGCACGUAAACAGCCGCAGAAGCGCUAUUCUCUUCCGUCAGUGCGUCGGCCAACUCCCCCUACGGAGCACUGCGUCGUCCGCCCGUGCCUGCUCUCUCUCCAUUCGCUGCUCUUCCUCUCCCACUUUAGUUGAUGGAAAGGCCGUGGCAAAGACUAUUAGAGAUGAGGUCACAGUCGAAGUAUCGAGGAUGAAGGAAUCUAUCGGCGUGGUUCCUGGGUUAGCUGUGAUUCUGGUCGGGGACAGGAAAGAUUCGGCGACUUAUGUGAGGAACAAGAAGAAAGCUUGCGAAUCCGUUGGAAUCAAGUCGUUAGAAGUUAAGCUAGCCGAAGAUUGCUCUGAAGAACAGGUGUUGAAAUCCAUCUCCUGCUUCAACGAUGAUCCAUCUAUCCACGGGAUACUUGUUCAGUUACCUCUACCAUCGCAUAUGGAUGAGCAGAACAUUUUGAAUGCGGUUAGUAUAGAGAAGGAUGUUGAUGGAUUCCACCCGCUAAAUAUUGGACGACUCGCCAUGCGUGGUAGAGAACCCUUGUUCGUUCCGUGUACUCCUAAGGGAUGCAUCGAGCUGUUGCAUAGAUACAACGUUGAGAUCAAAGGGAAAAGAGCCGUUGUUAUUGGAAGGAGUAACAUUGUCGGUAUGCCAGCUGCUCUCUUACUGCAGAGGGAGGAUGCAACUGUUUCCAUUAUCCACUCAAGAACCAAGAACCCUGAAGAAAUCACACGAGAAGCUGAUAUCAUUAUUGCAGCAGUUGGGCGACCAAACAUGGUUAGAGGAAGCUGGAUUAAACCUGGCGCAGUCAUCAUUGAUGUUGGGAUCAAUCCGGUUGAUGAUCCAAAUGCUCCACGUGGUUAUCGUUUGGUUGGAGACGUAUGUUACGAGGAGGCUUGCAAAAUUGCAUCAGCCAUCACACCUGUUCCUGGUGGUGUUGGGCCAAUGACCAUAGCUAUGCUUCUGUCCAAUACCUUGAUAUCGGCCAAGAGAAUUCACAACUUCGAGUGACCUUGUAGGAAGAUUGAUGAUGGCUUUGGCUUUUGUUUUUUUUUUUUUUGAAUUAGCAAGGCUUUUUCUCCGGAUACAAUAGUUUGCUAUCUGAAAUAAAAUGUCUUUUUCGGUGUA